UGUGUAAGCUCCGCUCCCAGGUCACUCCCCUCGCUCGCCGUCAAGGUUUCUGCAUUAGCUGUGAUAUAACACCCUUGUUAGCAGGUUUUCCCACUAGCCCUGAACGCCGCCGACAGCCGUCACGCCCAUCCGCGCGCCAUGCCAGCAGACAGAGUUCCAGACAGCCCGGUGGAAGUCCUUGUGGACCUUCUAAGAAAAGCCAGCAAUGUAGCUGCAGGAAGCGCUGAUGUCCCUGAGGAGCUGAUAAAACACUUGCAGAAGGCUCUAGACAUAGCCAGCGGCCUGGACGACUACCUGGAUAAAAUGACCACGCAGGAAAGCGAACCUCUGGCAGAGCUUUACCAAAAAACGGUAUCUCAUGAUUGGGACCAAGUGCACAAGGAGGGCAAGACGAUGUUCCGACUUCCCAAGGAGUGCAUUACUGGCCACGUUGAAGGUCAGACUCUGAAGAUGCUGACCCACAUGAGUCAGGCCAAGAGGGUCCUGGAGAUCGGAAUGUUUACUGGAUACGGAGCCCUGUCCAUGGCCGAAGGGCUGCCGGAGGACGGCUGUUUAGUUGCAUGUGAGCUAGAGCCGUACCUCAAAGAAUUCGCUCAGCCCAUUUUUGACAAGUCCCCCCAUGGCAAGAAGAUUAGUGUUAAAACUGGAUCAGCCAUGGACACCCUAAAGGAACUGGCUGCUGCAGGUGAGCAGUUUGACAUGGUCUUCAUUGACGCUGACAAGAACAAUUACAUCAACUACUACAACUUCAUCCUGGACAACAAUCUGCUGCGGCUGCGCGGGGUCAUUUGUGUCGACAACACGCUGUUCAAAGCCAAGGUUUAUCUCAAAGACGCCACCGAUGCCAACGGACUGGCACUCCGAGAAUUCAACCAGUUCGUCUCCACAGAUCCACGCGUCGAGCAGGUCAUCAUCCCUCUCAGGGAUGGUAUCAGUGUUAUCCGCCGGGUACCAGCUUCUGAGGGCUUGAAGACACAGAGUAAAAUAACAGAUGAUGAGGUCUUCCGCGGGGUCAAAGGCCGCUCCAUCCUGGAUCGGAUGCGUCUGGAUGGAAAGGUGGCCUACGUGACGGGUGCCGGCCAGGGCAUAGGGCGAGCCUUCGCUCAUGCCCUGGGGGAGGCCGGGGCGAAGGUGGCCGUGGUCGACCUGGACCAAGUUAAAGCUGAGGCCGUGGCUCACGAGCUCUUUCUCAAAGGUAUUAGUGCCAUUUCAAUCACCGCUGAUAUAAGCAAAUCAAAAGAUGUCCAGAGGAUGGUUGACACCAUUGUCUUAAAAUAUGGCGCGAUCCACGUUGCUUGUAACAAUGCUGGCAUCAACAUGAACUCAGCCAGUGAAGACACCAGUUUAAAUGAGUGGGACCAAACCUUCAAUGUCAACCUGAGGGGAACCUUCAUCUGCUGUCAGGCGGUGGGUCGAGUGAUGUUGAAGCAAGGAUAUGGCAAGAUUAUCAACACAGCCUCCAUGGCCAGUCUAAUAGUUCCACAUCCUCAGAAGCAGCUCUCCUACAACACAUCCAAGGCCGGGGUGGUGAAACUGACUCAGACUCUGGGCACCGAGUGGAUUGACAGAGGAGUGCGUGUCAACUGCAUCUCACCGGGGAUUGUUGACACCCCUCUCAUCCACUCAGAGAGUCUGAGGCCCCUGGUGCAACGCUGGCUGUCAGAUAUCCCUGCUGGUAGACUGGCUCAAGUGACAGACCUGCAAGCCGCAGUGGUCUACUUGGCAUCUGACGCCUCCGACUACAUGACAGGGCAUAACUUAGUCAUAGAGGGUGGGCAAAGUCUGUGGUAGAGGGGACAGAUGAAGAGAUGGAAACUUUUUCCCCUCAUUCUUCUUUCAUAUGAUAUCAGUUUUUAUGCUAGUAUUGGUUAAAAUGUUACUGAAUGUUUAACUUUUGGCCACUUAACAGUACUGAUUGAUUUUGUCCAUUGUGCAACAGAAAUAAAGUUUCCUUGAGUGAAAUCACAGAAUGCAUUCAGCACAG